AUGGAACCGGAUGCAUUAGCUAAAGAUGUUUCCAGCCUUUCACUAGAUCAAACUGGUUCGAGAAAUACAGGUAAAAAAGGUAGAAGACCUAAUAGAGCAUAUCAUAAUUUAGGAUCAGGUGCAGGUACCCCUAAUACUACACCAUUUCUGAAUGCAAGUGCAAGUCAAGAGAGUUUCCAAUUUGGAGCACAACCUCCGCAGGCCCCAUUUGCUGGUGCCAGUGCCGGUGCCGGUAGUGUAGGUAAUGGGUUCGACACUCAGAGCUCACCAGUACCUAUGACUGUCCCAGGCUUCCCACCUGGCAGUCCUGCCAUAAUGGCACAAGAGAGGGAAAGAGUUGCAACUGCAGUAGAUUCACCUGCAUCACCCUGGUUCCCCAAGGGCAACACACCAGUACAGAGUAGUUCACAUUUUGUAACUACGCAGAGAUGGGAAGAUCAAUUGCUACAUUUGCCAAAGACUUUUGAAACCGCUAGGGAUUCAGUACCACCAUUACCAACGACUGCGUUCUAUGCCAUAGAUCAAGGAGCAUGUGACCCAAGGUUAUUGAGUUUAUCAAUGUAUAACAUUCCAGUGGAUGAGCAUUUAAGAUCAGCAACUAAAUUACCAUUAGGUUUAACUAUUCAACCGUUUGCAACCACAAUUCCUGAUGAACCCCUGCCACUAAUAGAUCAAAGAACUGAAACAGGUCCCCUACGUUGUAAAAGAUGUCGCGCUUACAUCAACCCAGGCUUUAAAUUUGGAUUCGAUGCUACUGCUACUUGUAACAUCUGUGGUGUUAAAUUGCGUCUACCAUCCGAUGAAUUUAUUUCUCCAGGUAUUAGUUUACAAGGUCCUGAUAUUUCAUUCAAACCUGAACUACAAAAGGGUAGUGUUGAAUUCUUAGUCCCACAGAUUUACAAUGCAGUUCAAGAUCAACCGGCAUUACCUCUGCACUAUGUGUUUCUGAUGGACUUAUCACUUUUCUCCAAUGAAAAUCGCAGCUCCUUAGCUGUCGUAGAAGGUAUUAGAACCAGUAUUGAACAUAUCGCAGGCUCUCAACCAAAUUGUAAAGUUGCUAUUAUGGCAUAUGACAAUAAGAUUAGAUUUUUCAAUUUAAGACCAGAUUCUGAAUCUGCACAGGAAUAUGUGGUUUCUGAUAUUGACGAUGUGUUCUUACCCUUUUGCAACGGUUUAUUCGUUAGACCUCAAGAAUCAAUGAGAUUAAUUGAUAUGACUUUGAAUAAAAUCGUUGAAUACAUUACGGUGGAUAAAUUCAGCCACGUCGCACCAGUAUGUUACGGAUCUGCAUUAGAAGCCGCUAAAUUGGCAAUUGAUACGGUUACUGGAGGUCAAGGUGGUAAAAUUAUUUGUACCUUGAAUUCAUUACCAACUGUUGGUAACGGCAAUUUGGCCUUGAAAAAAGAUGAUGCGGCUCGUAAGAAAUUAAACUGUGACAACGAUUUUUACAAAAAAAUUGGAAAUCAAUUCCUGAGAUCUUACAUUUCUCUAGAUCUUUUCGUCACAAGCCCUGGAUUCGUAGAUAUGGCAACCAUAGGAUACCCUGUAGAGGCAACUUCUGGUAACUUAAAAUGGUAUUCCAAUUUUAACCACGAAAACGAUGCAUUCACAUUGAUUAACGAUAUGUCAAACGCUGUUACCAGUAUCGUUGGUUAUCAAGCAUUGAUAAAAGUUCGUUGUUCAACUGGUUUAAAUGUAAGUCAAUAUUAUUGCGAAUCGUCAGAAUAUUCUGAUCGCGAUCCAAUGAUACCAGUUCUGACAAAGAAUACAACUCUAGACGUUCUUUUGAAGUACGAUCAAAAAUUACCUGUUGGUAAAAACAUUGCAUUCCAAAUGGCACUGCUGUACACAGAUAUUAAUGGUGUUCGUAAAGUACGUUCCAUUAAUACGAAUGGUGCCGUUUCUGAUAACAUUAGAGAAGUUUUCAAAUUCUUGAAUCAAAACGUUGCACAACGUAUUAUGAUUAAAGACGUGGUUCAACAUUUAGGUGAUUGCGAUUUCCCAGCAAUUAGAAAGACAAUUGAUGAUAAAAUGGUUGAAAUUCUAACACAAUACAAGGCAUUAGUCGGUGGUAGUUUGACAUCACAGUUAGUUCUGCCCGAGGCACUAAAGACUUUACCAUCCUACAUGUUAGCAUUUGAGAAAAGUGAAUUAAUGUUACCCAAUAACCACAGUACAAGAGGAAAUGCUAGAAUUUAUGAUCUUUUCAGAUACAAAACGUUGAGCAGCGCUCAAUUACAUUAUAAACUUUAUCCACAAAUCGUUCCCCUACACGUUUUAUUAAGUGAAGAUGAUCUAUCCUUUUAUGAUGCUAAUGAAAAAAUGUUACAAGUACGUCCAGAAUCAGUCGAAAGUCUUUCUGUACGUAAUGGCCAUCAACAUUUGACUAACGGUGGUUGUUAUUUAAUAUUUCAAGGUGAUACGGUUUACGUGUGGAUAAAUGAAAAUACAAACCGUAUGCUUUUACAAGAUCUGUUACAAGCCGACGAGGAAGUUCCAGUAAGUCAAAUCUCAUUAUUUGGUGGCUCAUUACCUGAAGUAGGUACUGAAGUCAACCAAAAGGCGCUUGAUCUAAUAAAGAAUUGGUCUCAAUUAGUUAGCCAGCCUUACCUACCUGUCGUUUUACUAAGACCAAACGUGGAUCCUUACUAUGCGCAAGUGAUGAAUCAAUUGUUAUGUGAAGAUCGUGCUGUUAACCGCAUAGAAUCUCUAGAUAACUAUUUGAUCGCUAUGCAUCGUAGAAUUCAAGAAAAAUUGAAGAAGGAUGACUACAUCAAAGUACAAACCAACCAUAACGCAGAACAAGACGGUAGUCUACUACAGAAAUUUGUUCAAUUCUAA